AUGUACCUGAGGCUUUGCGACCAACUCAAGUUCCCACAUGGCAGUGUACUUGAGCAAAGUGCAACAGAGCCCCAUUAUUCCACCACCCCCUUGCCUCCCUCAGAAGAUAAACUGGACAAGCACACGGCAGACCACGCAGGGCUUUUUCCUACCUCCUCCAAUGAUAUCAGCCACUCCUGUUCACCCAGUGAGGGCCAAUCCGGUUUGAGCAGCAAUAAGCUCCCCCGCCACGACAUGGAUGGUACCAAGACACUUGUCCCCAAGGAGUUGGUGGAGGCAACAUCCCUCCAGGGUAUUCAGGCAGCUCCGCAGAGCAUCGCCAAGAGCCAAAACACAGGAAAUGUUCCCUUCUAUCAAUUUGGCUAA